AUGUUACCAGUUCCAAAAUUUGCUUGUGCUACUUUGCUAAUGGUGGCUUUACUUUUGGUCUCAUUUUACAACGUUGAUGUUUUUGCUUUUAAUUACUCUUCUGCUUCUUCAGUAGCUCAUAAAAAACAGUCACAUGCAGAUGCAGUAGUUGAAGAAGUGGAAUCUCUUUUGAAAUGGAAAUCAACUCUUGUUAACCAAAGUGGCUCUCUCCUCCAUUCUUGGAAGACAAGCUCUACUGGUAGUGUAAUAAGUCCAUGCAGCCUUGACUUUUAUGACAACAAACUCUUCGGAUCCAUUCCCCCUCAAAUUGGUAAUCUUUCAAAACUUACCCACCUUGAUCUUUCUAUGAAUAAGCUUUCCGGGCAUAUUCCACCUGAAAUAGGAUCCCUCACAAGUUUGCAUGUAUUAGACAUUCAUCAAAAUCAUAUCAGUGGUUCAGUCCCUAAUUCUAUAUGUAACCUGAGCAACCUAGACACUUUAUACUUUGAUCAAAAUAUCCUCUCUGGUACUAUUCCUCAAGAAAUCGGAACUCUAAGGUCUCUUACUAACCUUGAUUUCUCCAACAACAGUCUCACUGGUCCAAUCCCUACUUCCGUAAGUAAUCUGAGCAACCUAUUCGGUUUAUAUCUUCAUGAAAAUCAACUCUCUGGUUCCAUUCCUCAAGAAAUCGGAAGCCUAAGGUCCAUUACUAAAAUAGUAUUAGCAAGAAACAAAAUUACUGGUUCAGUUCCUAUUUCAUUGUGCAACUCCACUAAUUUAACACACCUACUUCUUUUCCAAAAUCAUCUCUCUGGUACCAUUCCUCGAGAUAUCGGGAAGCUAAGGAAUCUUAAUGUACUUCAAUUGUCCAGAAACAAUCUCAGUGGUCCAAUUCCUACAUCUGUAUGUAAUCUCAGCAACAUGUUCCUUUUGUUCGCUUAUGAAAAUCAACUUUCUGGUAGCAUUCCUCAAGAAAUCGGAAGACUAAAAUCUCUUACUGACUUUGUAUUGUAUUAUAAUAACCUCGUUGGCCCGAUCCCCAACUCUAUAUGUAACUUGAGGAAACUAAACAGACUUAUCCUUGUCGGGAAUCAACUUUCUGGUACCAUUCCUCAAGAAUUAGGGAGGCUAAGGUCUCUUCUUGACUUAAGAUUAUAUGCAAAUAAUCUAGUUGAUACAAUCCCUACUUCUUUAUGUAAUUCGACAAAUGGAAUGGUAUCCAACUUGGAGUGUCUAGACUUAUCAGACAAUAAGCUUACCGGACCGAUCCUCACACAACUUGGAGAUUGUUCGAACUUAUUCUUUUUGAACUUGAGUACGAACAGUUUUAAUGAAAGUAUUCCAUCUCAGAUUGGAACCUUAAGUUCGUUGUCACUCUUGUUGGAUCUUAGUCAAAAUGAGCUCACUGGAAAGAUACCGUCUGAUCUCGGGAAUUUGAACAAACUGGAAAGCUUGAAUUUGUCUCAUAACAAGCUUUCUGGUUCAAUCCCACUUUCAUUUGAAGAAAUGGUUAGCUUGACCACUGUUGAUAUUUCUUAUAAUGAAUUGAGUGGUCCUAUUCCAAAUAUGAAGGCGUUUAAAGAUGCUCCUUUUGAUGCGCUGAAGAACAACAAAGGCUUAUGUGGUGAUCACUCUGGAGGUCUUACACCAUUUCUCGCUAUUCUUUUUGGCUUUCGAAAAAGACUAGGUAGAAAUGGCAAGCAGUUGGAUCAAACUAAAGCCAAGGAUACCAGGAAGAAUUUAUUCUCAAUAUGGAAUUUUGAUGGGAAACUAGUCUUUGAAGAUAUAAUUGAAGCAACGGAAGAUUUUGACACCAAAUACUGCAUUAGAACGGGAGGGUAUGGAACUGUUUACAAAGCAGAGCUACCAACAAGCCAGGUCGUUGCUGUGAAGAAACUGCACUCAUCAGACGAAGAUUCGGAAAUAUUUGAUCUGAAAUCUUUCGAAAGUGAAGUUCAUGCAUUGACGGAAAUUCGGCAUCGGAACAUCAGAGGGGAAGCUUGA